AUGGAUGAGGAUACUUUGACAAAGGCCAAUCAGGUCACGAUAAAACAUACCAUCGAUCGAUCAUUAAACCUAGUUGACACUAUAUCAAAUCAUCACAGCGAGUUGCACCAGCUUGAGGAUACUUCCCAACAAUUACGAGACCUACUCACACUCAAACAACAACAAGCUAGUAUCAUAGAAGCCACCGCUUCACUGGAUUGUGCGAAUGAAACUGUACAUCAAGGUCGAUCUAUCAUGAUAUUCACCCUUAUCACCAUUGUUUUUCUCCCGUUCUCUUUUAUGGGCAGUUUAUUCGGUAUGCCCGCAGUGGAGUAUACUGGAUCUACAAACUCCAUCAUGGGCAUCAGGGAACAAUUCGAGCUGAUUUUUCCAAUAUCAAUUGUGGUUAAGACCACUUUAUUCUUCCUUUAUUUAGCACUCGAAAUACUGAGUCCAAAACUUAAUAAACUUCCCUUCUUCUUAUUCUUUCUCAUCAUUAUUUUCAGGGCGUCAUGA